AGGUGGGUUGCACUAACGUAACGUUAACCCGGAAGUAUAUUGAAUAGUCUGAUCGUAAGCGUAGAAAAUGGCAGGGGUGUUUGAAGUGGAGGUUAACGGUGUGGAACACGAUCAUGGACACGGACAUUCUGACGACGCAUCUCAGAUUGGUCUUUCUGAGCUCUCACCAGAGGAUAAGUGGAGGUUGGAACAUGCUAAAAUGCAUGCCAGACACAAAGGGCAUGAAUCCAUGCAUGCAGAGAUGGUUCUCAUUCUCAUUGUCACACUCAUCAUUGCCCAACUUGUCCUGGUUCAGUGGAAACAGAGACACCCCAAAUCAUACAAUUUGGUAACCCUCUUCCAAAUGUGGGUGGUUCCUCUGUACUUCACCACUAAGCUGCAUUGGUGGAGGUUUCUAGUGACAUGGUUCAUCUUCUCUUUUCUUAUGACCUUCAUCACUUUUCGUGCUACCCGCAAACCACUGGACUGCAACACUCCAAGGCUUGUUUAUAAAUGGUUCCUCCUAUUGUACAAGAUCAGCUACACCACAGGCAUUGUGGGCUAUACUGUAGUUAUGUUCACCCUCUUUGGCAUAAAUCUUAUAUUUAGGGUUAGCAUCAUCUGAGGUCCUCUGAGGGUCAGCAUCAUCUCUUCUCGGGUGUUCU